AUGAAGGUUUCAACAGCUAAAAUACUUUUUAUCUUGACCAUUUCAAUCUUGAUAUUCGAUGUCAUUUUUGCAUUACCACUUCCUUCAAAAUGCAAAAGAAAACAUUCAUCUAACAAGCAUCUGUCGCAUCAUAAAGGUCACAAAGGUCACAAAGGUCAUAAAGGCCAAAAAGGCUCAAAAGACCACAAACCUGAAACUACACCACCCUCUUCUCCUGAUGUUCCUAAAAAUCCAUUUAAAUCACAUAAAUAUAGUUCCGAUGAUACCAGUUCCAAUGAUACCAGUUCCAAUGAUACUAGUUCCAAUGAUACUAGUUCCGAUGAUACCAGUUCCAAUGAUACUAGUUCCGAUAAUACCAGUUCCGAUGAUACUAGUUCCAAUGAUACUAGUUCCAAUGAUACCAGUUCCGAUGAUACUAGUUCCAAUGAUACUACUUCCGAUGAUACUAGUUCAAAUGAUACUAAUUCAAAAGAUACCAGUUCCAAUGAUACUACUUCCGAUGAUACUAGUUCCGAUGAUACUAGUUCCGAUGAUACUAGUUCCAAUGAUACUAGUUCAAAUGAUACUAGUUCCGAUGAUACUAGUUCCAAUGAUACUAGUUCCAAUGAUACUAGUUCCGAUGAUACUAGUUCAAAUGAUACUAGUUCCGAUGAUACUAGUUCGAAUGAUACUAGUUCCAAUGAUACUAGUUCCAAUGAUACUAGUUCCGAUGAUACUAGUUCCAAUGAUACCAGUUCAAAAGAUACUAGUUCAGAAGAUACUAGUUCCGAUGAUACCAGUUCAAAAGAUACUAGUUCAAAAGAUACUAGUUCCGAUGAUACCAGUUCAAAAGAUACUAGUUCAAAAGAUACUAGUUCCGAUGAUACUAGUUCCGGUUCAUCUGGAUCUGGUAAUUAUUCCGGUCAAGGAACAUAUUAUAACCCAUCACUAGGCGCAUGUGGUCAGACUAACAGUGACUCAGACCCUGUAGUGGCGCUUGCCGCUCCAGAUUUCGAUCCAACAACCCCUAGCGGUAAUCCAAAUAAAAACUCGCAAUGUAAUAAACAGAUAGAAAUUUAUUAUGAGGGAAAAUCGGUUGUUGGAACAGUCGUAGAUCGAUGCCCAGAAUGCGCAUCAGGAGAUGUAGAUAUGUCACCGUCAUUAUUCGAACAACUUGCAAGUAAGGAUAAAGGUCGUAUCGCUAUUACGUGGAAAAAAUUAUAUUAG